AUGGCGCCGGGCCAUAUGCUCCCCUUGAUAGAUGUUGCCAGGUUGCUAGCACGCUGUGACGGCGUCAAGGUUACCAUCCUCACCACCCCCGUCAACGCCAACCGCUUCCGCUCUAUGCUCCACCGCGACCGCCAACGCGGCUUCAACAUCCGGGAGCUGGAGCUCCGGUUUCCGUGGAAGGAAGCCGGGUUGCCGGAGGGCUGCGAGAACGCGGACUUGGUCCCCAAAGGGAAAAACCUCGACAUGAACUUCCUCGCCGCCGUCGGCAUGCUGCGCCCGCAGGUGGAGGAGGCGAUGAAGCGGUGCGAGCCGCCGGCGAGCUGCAUCGUCUCCGACAUGCUGCUGACGUGGACCGCGGAGAUCGCGGAGGGGCUCAAUAUCCCCAGGAUUGUGUUCAACGGCUCCUGUUGUUUCUCCUACUGGUGCAUAAACAAAAUAACGGAUUCCGAGAUUCUCGGGGGAGUGAACUCCGACACGGAGAUGUUCACCGUCCCCGACGUACCCCAUGAGAUACAAAUCGCGAAACUGGUGGCGGAAAAGCUCCGGCAGACGUUAAACGCCGCCUACGGCGCCAUUGUCAAUAGCUUCGAUGAACUGGAGCCGGAUUAUGUUAAAGAGUAUAAGAAAAUGUACGGAGGGAGAGUGUGGUGCGUGGGCCCCGUGUCGUUAUGCAAUCAAGAGUACGAAGACCAGGCGCUGAGAGGUGCCACGUCGGCAGCCGACAAGAAGAAGGACGACGACGUAGUGAUGACGUGGCUGGACUUGCAGGAGGCAGGGUCGACGAUAUACGUUAGCCUGGGAAGUUUGGCUAGGCUGACGCCACGUCAGAUGACGGAACUGGCUGUAGGUUUGGAGUCGUCAAAACGGCCGUUUAUUUGGGUGUUGGGGAAGAAAGACAUGCAUCUUGAUGCGUUUGAGGAUUGGAAUGUGAGCACCGGGUUCGAGGAAAGGAACAAAGGGAGAGGGGUGUUGGUUCGGGAGUGGGCCCCGCAGGUGCUCAUCCUGGCCCACCCCUCGGUCGGAGGAUUCUUGACACACUGCGGGUGGAAUUCAACACUGGAAGCCAUCUCUUUCGGGGUGCCAAUGUUGACGUGGCCGCUGUUUGCGGAACAGUUUUUGAACGAGAAGCUGGUGGUGGAAGUGCUCGGAAUUGGGGUGAGCCUAGGGUUGAAGGUGUCAGUUAACUGGGAUGGGAGUGAAGAUAAGGAGAACAUAGUAGUGGUGAAGAAUGAGGAGAUCAAGGAAGGCAUAGAUAAGCUAAUGGAUAAAGAAGCAGGGAAAGAGAGGAGGAGGAAAGUGAAAGAGUUAGGAGAAAAGGCUAAGAAGGCAGUCCAAAAAGGUGGUUCUUCUCAGUGCAACUUGAUGGCUUUAAUUCAAGCAGUUUCCACGUUUGGCGCUACAAAGAUAUGA